CACCGAUAACGACACUUGCAUUCCUAAUUUAUCUGUCUGUUCAUUUCCCUGCAUUAAAUUCGAAAAUUGACAUACGUCUGUAUUUGGAUUUGGGGAAACUGACUCUGAAUGGAGGUACCUGGAAAGAAGCUUCAACAAAUUGCAUCUGCCAUCGACGACAGCUGCUGCCAGCUUUACUGUCAUGAUGGGGAAUCCGUCCAAGCUGAGGGCUACUGUACUUCCUGCAAGAAAGCUCUGUAUGAAAUUACUCAUAAGAAAGAGAUUCAGUCCCAAUGCGUUUGCGGCCAGGAUAGCAUGCCAGCAAGCAUUGGCGACAAGUCAAAUGACGAAGAGAGCUAUGAACCAUGUGAGGAGCACCCAGAUGAGAUCAUCAAAUAUUUCUGUUCGUCGCACGAUUUGCCGGUUUGUGGUCAUUGCCUAGCGUUUAAUCAUCGCUCAUGCAACGUUAGCUUAAUAUCUGAGUUGUGCAAGGCUGAAAAUGAAAGCGUCAACAACGACAUUGUCGAUUUCCUUACAGACGUUGACGAAUAUGCGUCCAAAAUCGAAAACAACAAGAACUUUGUAACACAGAUUAGUAAAGCCGAAGUUUUGAAACUGAGGGAAUAUAGAGAUGAUAUUGAAAAGUACUUUGAUCAGAGGACAGACUUCCUUUUGGAGAACAUACAACAAAUGAAAAGCAUGGACGAAACCCUAUUAGAUUCCCUAAAACCUAAAUGUGACCACAUGAAAUCUAAAGCAGAAACAAUCAAAUUAAGGCUAAGUUGCCUGGAAAGCAAUCCUGCCAAAUUGUUUAUUGAAACGAAGAGAGCACAAACUGAGCUAGCCGGACUGCGGUCAACCCUUGCUGGCAUGAACAAGGAGAAGAUCAUUCAUGAGUACCGAUUUGAAAAGGAUUCCAUUACUAAGAAGCUCCUGGCGUCCAAAACCGGCCUUGGUAAAAUAAAGGAAAAACAUGAAGCACCAAGGAAAACACAACCACACGUAAGCAGAGGUGCGAACGAACAUGUCCUACUGUUUGCCGUUGUUUUGAUCGGAAUUAUUGUGCACGCGGCUUUCAUUAAUAAAGGAAACCAGACAGUCAUCACCAGCCUUCGAUUCACUCGAGAUUCUGACAUUCGAGUUAUCGGAUACAUGAUGGAAAUGCUCCUCCUUCCUGGAAACAGGAUGUUAUUGGCUGAUUUGAGUUCUAAUAAAAUCGAAAUGAUUGACAUGCAAACCAACAAACUGAUGUCCGAGGUCAGCCUGCCAGAUCAACCACAGAGCAUGGCUAUCCUUCCCGGGGACAAGUUGGCUGUAUGUUUAAAAAUAAUAGGACGUAUUCAGUUCGUGAAGACACUGGGACAACUCUCCCUUGAGGAUCAUAUCAAGAUGGCUGGCAGAUGAAGUUGUAUUGGUUAUCAUAAUGACAGGUUGAUAGUAUCUUAAAGCACUGGAAGGAUUGAGAUAAUUAACAUGAGCGGGAGAUUGAUAAAGAAAAUAGACAGAACAGACCUUUCGCGGCCAUGGUUUGGCUUUUCAUCGUACCUGAAUGUGGUCGGUGAAGGUAAGGCUGCAGUGAUAUAUGUGUCAUACCGUUCCCAGGACACCAUCACCAAGCUGGACAUGGACCUCAACAUCCUUCAGACAUUCAAGGACCCUAAGCUGACAGAACCAACAGGCAUCACUGCAGUGGGAAACCAGCUUCUUAUCUGUGGUUGGGGUAGUAACAACAUCAUGUUGCUGGACCAUCCCAGUGGCAAGAUAACCCAGCUGCUAAGUGAAGUGCAAGGAAUAGAUCACCCUCAAACUGUUUCAUUCAAUCACAAGCAGGACACCAUGUAUGUCACUGGUAACAAAGGCAAUUUAGUCAAAGUUUACAAGGCAAAAAAUAUGAACUGAAGUAUUGCUCGAUUCUUAUAUAAGUUUGUUUCUUACGAAGAGAAAGUUGCCUGUAUGACACAUUAUUUGACGCCAAAUAAAUAACCAUUAUUUUAGAAAACAACAACAGAAAUGUUUCACUUUUCACAAUUCUCUCAAUAUUCAUGACAAAUGAGAACCUCGUCUAUUCGAAGAAAAAGGCUGUACAACUCGCCCCGGAAUUUGCGUCGGCGACCUGAAAAAGUUUGAGAGCAAGGCGGCAUUUUCACUUAACCGUAACCCUGAUCGACUUAGGUACUGAGGAUAACGUUUUAGGGUAUAUGUACAUCGUGUUUCUGGUUUAAGUUAUAGUAGAUAUUUUCAUUUAUAACUUCUAUAUCCUUUAUUCUGCUGAAGUCAUAUAUCACACGGCCAUCAAACACUUAACACAGCUUCAUAGUAUCCUAAAACAAAUAUCGGCCUUUGAUCGGCUUAGGACAACUCGGGGUUUUAAUACAGAUUUUCAAUACCGUCCAAUCAAUGGAAUUCAUACAUCACACAGUUAUUCAGGGCUAUCACACAGUAAAGUAAGAUAACUCUGUAUGGUACUGAAUAAAAACAUAUGGCCCUUAAAUAUUUUACAUUUUUAUAGAUUUAGGGCUUUAAGUGAUGUUUAUUUAUAUCUCGAACACCAUUGAUACAAGUUGGUUUAAUUCUUUGCACAAAUGUUCACGGACAUCGCAAAAUUACGUUUAUUCAUUUUCAUCUUAAUUACAAAACGUUGUCUUUAAUCGCAUUAUUUCAACUUUAAAAUAUUUAAUUAUUUACUGCGUAAUUUACUUUCACUUUUGGUUUAUAGUUUCUGCAGUAUUGAUUUGUCAUUGAUUGAUUGAUUUAUCGCCAAUUUGUUUGCAACUCGAAAAGUUCGAAUUAUCAAUACAUUAUUAAUUUUGA